UCCAAAUCCAAAUGCAACUACAUCAUCUUCGAGCCAGUAGUCACUUAUAAUCGGAACAACCUCUCUUCAUACUUUUCCUUUAUUGUAACUUAACGUCGACAGCGAUGUUCACUGUUUCUGUUUCAUUGUCUUUACCUAUUUGGCGCGCUAGUAAUAGAUUCAUGCCCCCACAAUUACAUGAGUUUAAGUAGUUGAACUUGAAUUGGUUUGGUGCGCAGUGUAGUUUUCGCAGUUCUUACAGCUACAUCCUAGUAAUCUACUUUUAGUGUACAGCCACAAGCUGCCCAGAAAAUGCCCUCAUUGUUCCUGCGCCACCUCCUCCACCACCUCACAAAUAUACGAAGUUGGACAUCAUGCGCGGCAGGUCGUCGCGAAGGCAGUCCAUGCCACGAGCACGAAGCAAGCUGAAAAUAGACACUGAUGAAGCAACAAGUGGCAUCAAGCUCGUCUUACCGUGCCUGGAGAUGUUGAACCCUGGCGAGGCAUAGGCAAUCUCCCAAUCUCGGUCUCCACUUAUUGAUCUAGGGUUUGUUUCACGGAGCCAGCGCGGCCAGAGAUGUUGACAAUGCAGCAGUAGAUAAAGACCGAGAAAGGAGAAAGAACACAAACACCUCCACGACCGCCCAAGAUGCUGACCCCCGAGCUGGUAGAAAACCAGCUUCCCCGCAUCCUGCACCCCAUGGAGGUGCAGUACUACCAACAGCUCUGGCUCAUCGCCACCAACGAACAUAUCAUUUGUAAAAACGUCCCCACACCAGAGUCAAGAUGGGAAAUCUGCUGGACAAAUCAGCCAGCUUUGGUCAUUUGGCAUGACAAAUUUGCCCUUGUAGUGUAAUCCUGUUUUAGGUACUAGUUCAGCAGCAUCACAGAUCUAGCAUAUCACGCAGAUCAUAGCAUCACAAAUACCAAAAGACGACGAGGAAAUGCCUCUCAUGGCGCUCCGCAUGACAAACUUUUUUGGCAUGCAGAUUUGCAUCACAUUCACAGCUCUGGUGUGGGGACGUUUUUACUCAGGAUAGAACAGACUAUAAACCCAUCCACCGUGCUGUCCGGCCGACCGGCGUUCGACUUCCUGAGCAAAGCGACGAAUUUGGACAAAACUAUCGAACUGCAAAAGCAUCGGACGCGUGGUCGUUGUACCAAUUGCACUACCGCAUGACAAAUUGCACUUUCGUCCUUUCUGGAAAAUGAUUGAAUUUGUGAUGCACUUCGUAUAUACGCGGCGCGCGUACGAUGUUUUUGCACUGCACAAAAACCUACUUGAAACAAAUCUGGGCGUUGUCGGACUACCGAGGGAAAGGCGCUUUGAAUCUCAUGGAGUUUGUGGUCUGCUUGAGAUUGAUCUACCAAGCACAAUGCCUGUCCAUAGCGGCGCAGCACCAAAAUCGUGGCCCUUCUGCCCAGCCGCUGAACGUUCAGCUCGUCUUUCAGCAUCCGCAGAUACAGCCGGGGAACAACACCCACGGAGUCGACCCGCGAAUGUUGCAGCUGCCCAGGUUUGACGGAGUCAGGUAUCCCUUGGAUGGAGCUCAAGGUGGGCCAUUUGCAGCUGUUGGGCAACAUCACCAAGGUACACAGCAUCAUGGAGGACAGCAGGUAUUCAGCAAAAGGACAUCUGAAAUUCGUGAAUCUUCUGUUGUAGUGCCAACAUAAUUCGCCCUGUGAAGAUUUUCGCUUUUUCAAUAAACUGAACCUAUCGCGGUCCUGUGCUGACACGACUUCUACUUCUACAAUAGAAAUGCAUAUACCAUUACCCAGCACAUGCACAUGACACAAUAAUUUGAUUUUCUCACCUUUCCUCAGCACCAUGUUUCCGUCGGCCCCGCGCAGCAAGCUGCCAUGCUGGUCGGCAUGCAGGACGACGUGCAGAGCAGGAGAACAAAUUUCGGAGCACCACCUCCAGCACCCCCGAGGACUACAACCUCCACCUCCGUAUCUUCACAGCAACAACCUUCUCAAACCAACCCACCAGCGACGAGUAUGAAAAACGAUGCUUUCGACAUCGAUCUGUCCGGCUUGGGUGGCGACUUCGCUAAGGUCGGGGUCAGUGUGAACAAGGCGGACGCAGUUGAUGUGAGAAAAGAAGUAGGUCAACACAAUUUGAGUUUUACACAACAGCAAGAAAUAGCAGCACAGGGCGGCGUGAGCAAUGACGAUUUCGGUGACUUCCAGCAAGAACCGCAUCUAGGAACUGCAGCAACGUGGUCGAGCUUUCCUACUGCUGCGGACGGGGGCUCAGCCUUUGGCUUUUCAACAGCACCACAACCUGCGGAUUUUCAACAUUUUCAUCAAGCGUCUCCUGCUCCUAUACAACCAAAAACCCAGCAACCGCUAGUGGUCCACCAACAAGAGGACGAUAACGACGACGACUGGGGUGAUUUUGGCGACGAACACCAAACCGCCACGGGUCAGAUGGUAGAGGUCAAAACGGGUGCGGCAGUGUUUGACGCGUUUGCGGAUUUGGUAGAGCCUGUUGCGUAUGCAUUGCAAAAGUAUCGUACUCGUAUUGCAAUCAUGCAUAUACAAAUCUUCAAUUCGCAUUACAAAUUUCAUUUCUCAUGCUGAGGAAAUUUGUAAUGCAAUUAUACGAGUCGUGCGAUACUUUUGCAGUUCAUAUUGCUGCACCAGCUCCACCACCAGUUGUGCCGCCCGGGGCAGAUGCAGCUGCGCCACAUGUUGAUCCUACGUCACCGCCGCUAGCUGAUCCAGGUCCUCGUAUGGAGCAGCAGCAAAUAGGCAACGCCAACGGCAUCAAUCCCGCAACAAUUCACCUCCCCAACCAGCUGGAGUUCGGGCUCGCGUCACCCCCUCCCGGAACUGCUGCUCUCAACAUCAACACUGCGGCUGCAGCUUCGGACUACUUCGCUUCUUCAACAGGAGCUGCAGGAGCUACUAGUCAAAAGAUUUCCACUGCACCAUUCGAUGCAGUUGCUCCAGUGGUCGGUAGCGCGAAUAUUCCGUCGAAUAUUAAACAAGAGCAUCCGCCAACGCCGGCAAAACCUGCGACGCCACCCAGAUUUGACUUCAGUAGUCAGGAUUUUAACUUCUUUGAAGGAGCUCCAGAUCCAGAUCCUGCUCCUGCACCAGGUGGGGCAUCACCAAAAGAUUCAUCUGUGGGGGCGAGCAACAAUACCACGAAAGAAACAGCACGACCUGGUGGUGGUACUACUGCGGGAGAUGAGCAGGAGCAGAAUUAUAAUAUGUCCGGAGUAAUAAAACAACAAGCAACUACGCCAAGUAAGACGACUCAAAAACCGCUCAAAGCGGCGACUCCGUCCCCCAAGGGUGACGUGUUCAGUGCGCUUAGCGGUCUGGACGUAUGCAUUGCAAAAGUAUCGUACUCGUAGUAAUGGCAAAUGCUAUCGCGCAUGACAAAUACCCCUUUUUAGGUAAAACAGCAUUACAAAUUGCAUUUUUCUUCUCGGAAAAAUUUGUGAUGCAAUUCAUACUAGUACGAUACUUUUGCAAUGCAUAGGAGGGCAUACAGGACAACAACUCAUCAGGAGACAAAUCGAAUCUUGCUCCAAUGGCAAUGCCAGCACUGAUGCCCGCACCGGCAGUCGUCGCGGCGGAUGACGAGGAUGAUGGCUUCGGCGACUUUUCCUCCGCCAGCGGACCCGAAAGUACAGUAGAUAUUUUCGCCGCGGCUGGUGCGGUAGAAGACAGGUUGGGCCAACGAGGUGGAGCGGGGGUUGCUGGUUCUAGAGCAACAAGGCCUGAUGUUUUCACGGCGGCGCAUGAAACCGCAUCCUCAUCCUUCACAGGAGCGCCUGGCUCUGGCUUCGCAACUACGAGCUCCGGCUUUACUAGUGGUGCAGCGUUUGCCUCAGGGGCGGCCUCGGGUCUUGCAACAGCAACAGAUUUUGUUGCAGCGGCAACUACUGCCACAAAAGCGCUCGACGAGGAUUCUGCUGGGUUCUUUGGAGAGUUUGCCGGGUCGACGUCAUCAAAAACAGCUGUUGGUGGUGCGACUCCUGCAGUUUCUGCGAGGCAACUUGUUGUGCAGGUUGAAGAUGACGACGACGACGAGGACGACGGAUUUGGGGAUUUCACUUCAACAGAUCCGGCCGCGACAGAGCCUGCUUUUCCCGAAGGUGGUGCUGGUGCAGCUGCUCUCGUUGGCGCUACACAACAUGAUCCUCCUCCCCCAACAAUCCCCAUGACCGCAUCAGCGAUUGCGAACAGCGACGAUUUGUUUGCCGGGGCGGAGUUUGGUGGAACAGCUGCUGCUGCGACCUCUGGUACUACUACGCCGGCGCCAGGAGCGCCAGCGACGGUAAGUGUAGACGAGGGGAGCUCUGGUGACCCGUUCGCAGCUGCUGGCGUAGUAACAACAGCGGCGGCAGCUCCACCAACACCUCCUGGAAAUAAUGCAAAUGCGUCUUCUCCUUCUUCGCUCAGCAUGACAGCUCCUGCUGGGGUGAUGUUGCCGCCCCGGCAUGGAGAGUCGGCCCCACCUGUUCAGGAGAAGAGUUCACUAGGAACAGCACCACCAACAGGAGUACCACAAGAAGGAGCACCACCACGUCCCUCAUCUCUUGACCCGCCCUUCAACAUUUUUAAAACCGCUGUAUUUUCCCUCGCGAAACAGGAGUUACCCGACCAGAUCAACAAGUUAUGCGACGAAUUGGUGAAAAGCUGCACAGCAGCCGCGAGUGGUAGCUCUAGCUCAGCUUUCAAGUUAUCCUCCUCCUCGGACGUCAAAACGAUUUGCGACAAAUUUCACACUGCAACAGAAGACGGUGAUCUACUGUCGAAAACAUCUCCGAGCGGAGGUGCACUACCAAACGACGACCACUCCGAGAGCGAAACGAAACCUGCACCGGUAGACGAAGACCCAUUUCUCUCGCUCCUCGGUAUGGGCAGCAGCGUGUCCUCUUCAAGUUCCUCGAUUGGCGGGGACCCCGCACACCAGAGUGGAGGCAGCAGUAGUAGCAGCAGUAGUAGCAAAAAACCACUUGGUUCAUCUCUGGAAUCCGUGACGGUUGUGAAAAGCCGGUUGCCCGAGAUUUAUCGAAAGAGAUUCGAGGAAGACCGGAGGAAGUGGUUUCGUACCACAUCUACUUCCUCCCCGUCGUCGAAAGAAGACGCGGCCGCGGCCAGUACAGCGAUUCCGUCCUUGGAGCAGUGCCUACAGAAGUCACUGCCAUUCUUCAACGACAGUAAUGGCCGCGCAAGAACAACAGCAGAGCAAGAGGAUGUGGAGGAAGCAGUGCCGGAAAUUACGGUUGGACUUCUCCGGGAAAUCCAAAGUCUGAUCCUUCCGUUUUGCUACGAGCAACAAGUGGCGAAUUUUGUCUACCUCCAUUGCGCGAUGAAGAUGCCUGACUCGGUGCCAGACACGACCAAACCGCUGCAGAAGUUGCUGAAAUUACAGAAGGACGUCGUGCUCGAAAAAUCCGAUAAAGAGACGCAGUCCCUGGUGAACGUGCUGGAGCACUUUGUCCAAGGUACACACGGAUUAGCACUGCCAUUUUCGAAGUUGUGUUGCUGCAUGAUUUCGCAAAGCACUUUACUAUUUGACAACAAGAAUUUCACUAUCGAUGGGCUGGUUUUGCUUUUGUACUGAAAAUGAAAAUCGCGUUGCGAGAAAAACAUGACUGACCCAAAACACCAAACAAACUCCUAAAACAGCCUACCCGACCCGCGAGGCUCUUCUCUCCGCAAAAUCCGCAUCGGAAGUCGCGGAGCAAAUCGACAAACUCCGGACCUUUCUCCUCGGAAUGUUGCACAUGCCGGAUUUGCUCUUCCGAUUGCAGUUUUUCUGCACUGCUUCAAACGAAGCUGCACGGAAUUCAGCAUCUGAAGAUCUGUUCCAAGAGUCGACAAGAACGCUGGAAAAAGUCUGCAACUUUUUGUCGGCAAACGAAGUUCUGAUCAAGAAGUUCCUGACUUUGGCAGCGAAAAAUCCGCCAGCUGUUCUUGCAGUGUCGACCUUGUCGCCGCCACCAGUGGCGAGUGAAGUCCGACUGUUAGAACAGGUGCUGGAGAGGGUCAGAGGAAAUGUGGACGACCUGGAAAGCAGUAAAACCAAAACUGCGGUAUCGGGACAAACAUCAGAGGAGAAAACUACAAGGUCUACCGCGAAGAAUUACACCAGCUCGUUCCUCUCUCCCUUCCAAAUUAGCAGCGUGAAGCGAAUCGGGAAGUGGAACGCCUCGAGUACAAUGAUUUGUCACACCAGCGGAGUCAGCAAUUUGCAGUUCGCCGUCGAUGAUCCGGCCAUUGCAGCUGUAGUGUACGAGGGGAAGACACACCACGCACAGUGUUUGAAUCUGGUAUUGCUUCCGUGAGGACGAUGAACGACCUACUGUGCUUAUACUACAAGUGAAGACUCAGCAUCCUGGUCGUGGUCAACAUCGAGAUAAUAAGAUGAAGUUGAAGAUCAUGAGCAACACAUCGCGAUUGUCUUGGCUGUGGACCAUGAAAGCAAAAAAGUGCGCGGGGAUAGAACACCAAUAGAAGCCGAACAUCGUUGAGCUUACCCACACUCUUGUGGCAAUGCAACAGGGAAAAGAUGUAGCCUUACGACACUGAUGAAUCGGUGUUCCGCGAGAAGAAGCGC